GAAAAAAAAAACGCUAAUCGCCGGUAAUCCUUUUAAUAUGUCUCACACUUCACUCUGUCAAUACACAAAGCUGAGCAGCUCCAGCUUUACCAAACUGGAAGACUUCAAACUGGAGUAUUAAUGCGCAUCAGAGAAGAGGAGGGAAGAGCAGGAGGGUCUGUAGGGUCAUCAGAUUACUGCUAUCCAUUCAUCACAAACAGGUGAUGCCCUCAGAAUUGCAUAUCAUCGUGGUGAGAGGCGGUCAUUUUCCAUUUUAGUGCUUUUUACAGAGUUGAAGUGAGAGCGCGCGCAGGGCAGCCAGGCUCCUCCUCGCCCCUUUCCCCCCCUACCAAGUGUGGACCGCUCCUCAGGUAAAGAGAUGUUUUAAAUCAGGGGGAAGGAGGGGGAGUGGGGCUGGGGGUGUCCGCUUUUGUUCUACAGAAAAAGGGGCUUGUUCUUAGCAGAUCAGCCUGCAAUUUUAACCGGGGGUGUGUGAGCGCCGAGCGAGAGGCUUGACACGGGAGCAGUGUGGGAUGGGAGCAGAGAGAGGAGAGAAGGAGCGUCCCGCCUGUAGUCCUGCCACAGCCGAGCGGAACAGCAGAACAGAGCCACUGUGCGGACACUGAGGAACCCUAGGCAGCCCUAGCCUCCUCUACCGCGGGAUCACACACACCUGAAGGCCGCAGAGGACCACAAGGAUUACAAAGCAGGGAGGAUAGUCUGACAGCCCGGGCGAACUUGUUUGUAAAAAUAAAAUAACAGAAAUCCUGCAGCGCUUUUCUCCAAACUUCACCGCACAGCUCAGCUUCUGCAAGUGCACUUAGACAUUGUGUAGCCUUCUGACAGAAACAGACAGUCUUUAUUUUAAUUGUCGAUUAUCAUUAAUCACUGCUAUGCAGCUAUUUGAGCGGAGCAGGAGCUUGCCCGUGUUGGACAUUGGUUUGGUGAGGAAUGCGUCCGCUGUGCGUGCAUGAGCCUCUCUGUCAGAACCUCUGACCCUCUUGUGGAUUUCGCUGAAAUCUUUGGACUCGAUUAUUUGACUAUUUAAGUAGAUCAAUUGGACUUUGCUGUUCCGAAAGGAUCUCGGUCAGAAUUUACUCGAAGAGCUUUUCACCUCCAUUCAACAUGCGACCUAUCCCAUCCAGACUCAGCUAUCUGUUUCUACACUUAUUUGCAUUUUGCUACUAUGCUCAGGUAACCAAUCAGUCCCCGCCUAAUUUCACGCAGCAUGUAAGCGAGCAGAGCAAAGUGACGGACCGUGUGAGCCGCAGGUUGAUCCGGAUCUACCAGCUGUACAGCCGGACCAGCGGCAAGCACGUCCAGGUCCUGCCCAACAAGAAGAUCAACGCCAUGGCCGACGAUGGAGAUGUGCACGCUAAACUCAUUGUGGAAACAGACACAUUUGGGAGCCGAGUGCGCAUUAAGGGGGCUGAGACCGGCUUCUACAUCUGCAUGAACAAGAGGGGGAAGCUCAUCGGCAAGAAAAACGGACAAGGCCGUGACUGUAUCUUCACUGAGAUUGUUCUGGAGAACAACUACACAGCGCUGAGGAACGCCCGCUAUGAGGGCUGGUACAUGGCCUUCACCCGCCGCGGGCGCCCACGGAAAGGCUCGCGAACACGCCAGCACCAGCGCGAAGUCCAUUUCAUGAAGAGGUUGCCAAAGGGGCAGCAGCCCACCCACCCAAGCCACCACCGGCCUUUUGACUUCAUCCACUACCCCUUCAGCCAAAGGACUAAACGCACACGAGACUCAUCAGAGCGCUGAGGAGGAGGAAGAUAGAAAAGGCAGAGAGAAAGAGGAGAAACCAACAGACUGACUGAAUUAGCAGCAGCUGACACACUCCUCUGCUCUCCACAGAAAACCUCUAGAGACAAUUUUUAUACUGGCCAUUACUAUAUCUUAAUAUGUAGUUCGUUUUCUAUUUUUAUCAAAGUAAAAAGGAAGCUGUACAUAGAAAAAAAACAUGAGAUUUCUAUUUUUGUAUGCCAAACUUUUAGUACUGACCAAUGUAAAAAAAAAAAAAAAAAAAAAAAAGAA